AAUUGAUGUCAAGGGGUUGAAAUUGACCCUCGCCCCACCCGGGCGAAGGCUAUUCAGCCUAAUGGGCUAUGCCCCUGAAACCCUUUACGACGGUACCUUCGGCAUGCAUGUAACCAAUUCCUUACCGUGUCAUUGACGAUGCCGAUGCCGCUGCCCUGCAGGAGCUGAUGACGGCCGGGACAGCAUCCUCUUCAUCUGGCCGUUGAGCAUCAUCCACACGAUCGACGAGCGUUCUCCGCUCUACCACAUGUCGGCUGAGGACCUGCUGCACAAGGAGCGCUUCGAGAUCGUGGUCAUGCUGGAGGGCAGCACGGAGUCGACGGCCAUGGCCACCCAGGCGCGCAGCAGCUACAUUCCCAGCGAGAUCCUCUGGGGACACAGGUUCGAACCCAUCAUCAACUUCAAGAAGGAGACUGGCGAGUACUGGGUGGACUACAGCAAGUUCAACAGCACGUACGAGGUGGACACGCCGCUGUGCAGCGCCGUGGAGCUGGACCAGUUCCGCAAGAUCCAGACCGAGAGUGUACAAAGUUCGCGAAUGGGCACGCCGCCCCAAGUGACAUCUGGCGGUGGCCUCAACAACUUCGACUUGCUACGGCACCAGGGAGAGCAGACUGGCAAGGACCAAUAGCAGUCGGCCACGGCCGCUGUGCGUGUGGGAGCAGAUGGACCAUUUGCAGUCUUCCGAAGGCUGGUGACACCAGCAAUGCCGGUUGACACCGCCAGGGGCGCCACAAGCGGUCGCAGCGAGACGCUCUCUCACCUCGCCCGCGGCGCCUCCUCGACGCUAGUGCCAUCUAUAACUAAUCCGCCGCGCAGUGCACGCCUCGCUGUGUGGCGAAGCCGGCUCGGACCUCGCGUAGCGCCGCGCGGGCCUCGCCUUCAGCGCCUGGGCACGCCGUUGCUCGGGCGACGCCGUCUGCCCGUCCCGCUAGAGGGCCAGAGAGCGCGACAGACCAUCCGUCCCGCCAGCCGUAGACAGGCCGCCGUAAGGUUCGCAGCCAUUCUCGCUCACCUGGCGUGAGCGGUGGCCCGCUCGGCGCGCGCUUGGAAACGCCUCGGGCGCCGCUGUCGCCAGGUGUUCUCCACAGCAGCGUGGUCAGUGCCUGUGACGGCUCCAGGCGCGAGGCGCGCCGCUUUCUGGCGGAGCGGUGCUGAGGUGAUUCCCAGAGCCACCUGCUCUCACUGGCACCGGAGGGUACGCCGCUGCCGGCUGCGUCAGCCGGUGCUCGGCGGGUCGGGACGCCCACCCCUGCGCGCGGGUGACCGGAGCUACCCCGACAGUCAAGAGUCGAGCGCUCGCUCGGCACGCACGAGAGUCGGGAGUCGAGUGAGUCGCGGCGAUCUGGUCCCGAGACUCGCUGCCGGUCCCGACGUCGCCGGCGCGCGUGUGCGCGCGAGCCUUGGUGUGGGGCGUGGAGCGCGGAGUGGGCCGGUGGAGCCCCUUAACAGACACUAGUGCAGUGCAAAUGAAGCGGACGGAUUCGGCUGGAUGGCCGACAGAGCGACAUCCACAGGCGCAAAACGGGACGAAGCUGCUGCCUUCUAUCUCAGAGAACGACGUUAGUGUGUAACAUUUUAGUUCGAUUAACUCUCCAUCUGGAGAUUUUAUAUCGCUGUACGGUGUCAUGCAUAGCCCACCGCAUAUUGCGUGCACCAUCCCGUGGUGACGUCACGUGACGUCUCCGCAGCCAAUAGGCACGCCGGACGCAGUCUGAUUCCGCUGAUGAAUGUACGCGUCGGCCUAUUGGUUCCGACUUUGCACAGACAGCAUGCUUUGACUGGUAAGUUAUUACUCGUUUGUGACUCGUAAGGCCGUGAGUGCCGUAUUAGACGAAACGAUCGCCUUAUCGGCGUGGAUUGUACGGUCUUUCAUACAGUGCCUCGGGUGGAGAUAGCGACCUUAUCAGCAGCUCUGCUUCGUUCAAGUGCGCAUGCCGCGUUCGCUGAGAGGGAGACAAGUUGUCUGUUUGUCUUAGCGCGGCAGAAGGGCCGCAUGCUGCAGAGCAGAA